UCAUCAUCAUGAAAAUGGAGAUACAAGAAACUUGGAACUUUUGAUUCUCUAAAAAUAAACCAAAUCUAAACUUUCUCUCUCCAUGUUUAUUUUUUUCUUCUCCAUCCUCAUCACUUUCUCAUCUCAGUUGUUCUGAAAAUUUAUUUUUCAUCCUCAUCUUCUUCAUCCUCCUCCUAGGAUAAUGAUAAAUUCCGUGUGUAUUGUAUGAGUUUCAGAGAAUCUCAAUUAAUCUGAUAAAAAAAAACGAAGACACAAUUAACCUGAUUUCUAAUUAUCGGUUUGAGUCUUCGAGUUAAUUUGCUAUUUUUCCUGUUCCUCUUUCUCUUUGUUUAUAAUUUGAUUAUUUGUUAAUAAUUUAGUUCUAAUUGUUAAUUGUUGUUUAAUUGAGUUAAAAUGGUUAACAUGAUUAAUCCAUUAUGUGUUUUAUUAUUAUUUUGUCAAACACUAUUACAUUUACCAAUUGUAUCCACAUUUCAACUGAAUAAUAUAUUAAAUCCAAAUUACCAACAACCAGAAACAAUCAAAGGCGAUACAAGAUUGACAAUUAACAGGAGAAUCAGACAAGUUGAAGAUAAUUCAACAACCAAGUUAACUGAUCAGAUUAUUGAAACGACAACCAAAUUAAUGGAAAAUAGUGAAAUAUCAACAUCGAUGUAUGAAUAUGAAGACGAGGACGAAAAAGAUUUACCAACGACAAUAUCAUCAAUAAAUGAGAAGACGAAAACUGCACCAGAGAAAAAAAGAUCAACAAAAGAUAAACUUGACGCUUUUCUUGCUGGACCUUUGAUUAUUGUUGGGGCCAUUUCGUUAGUGUCUUUAUGCCUUUUCCUUUUGUACGUUUGCAAAUAUCGAUCGACGGGCUCGCGUGUCGAUUUCACCAUACCAACAGCUUAAUGAUUGUGAUUUCAUCAAUAAAAUUAAAACAUAAAAAUAUGUUAUUGUAGAUAAA